CCGGCCGCCACCGGAAGUCGCGGUCCGAGGCCGCUUCCGGGACCUCGGAGGCCCCCGGCCCUGGCCCUGCGCGCAGCCCCCGCGGCCGGAGCGUGAGUGGAAUUGCUGACUCUGCUGUGCUCAUCCAAAUGGCAAAAUGGGAAGAUCUAUGGGUCCCAAGUUUCCAGGACUUCAAGGAAAGGAAACUCUCAAAAGACACCCACACAGCAGAUGAUGAGAUCGCAAGUGAGAGCGAAGAGGAUGACAGUCCUCAGCCAGAAGGGCCUGAGAAGGUGGAGCCUCAGGGGACAUUAUCAAGAAGAUCCAAAUCGAAUGUUUCCCAGAGUCAGCAGAGCUCAGAAAAGCAGCCGCAAAAGCCUGCAGGGAAGAGACGGGGUAAGUCUGCUCCCCAAGAGAGAUCUUUGGGGAAGCAGCAGAGAAUCCACAAAGGGGAAGUGCCAAAUGCGUGUCUGGAGUGUGGGAAAGUCUUUGGCCGGAAAUCACAUCUCAUUAGACACCAGAGAACUCACCGGCGAGAGAAGCCGACCAUUUGUAAUGAGUGCGGGAAGAGCUUCAGCCGCAGCUCAACCCUCGUUGAGCACCAGAGAACCCACACGGGCGAGAAGCCCUACAAAUGCACUGAGUGUGGGAAGAGCUUCAGCCAGAGCUCCCACCUCAUCACGCACCAGAGGAUCCACACAGGCGAAAAGCCCUACCAGUGCACCAUAUGCGGGAAGCGCUUCCACCAGAACUCGCAUCUCCUGACCCACCAGAGAACCCACACGGGGGAGAAGCCCUACCAGUGUACCCAGUGCUGGGAGCGCUUCAGCCGCAGCUACACCCUGACCAGACAUCAGCGGAGCCACACGGGGGAGCGGCCCUAUCAGUGCCCUGACUGUGGCAAAUGCUUCAGCCUCAACUCCACCCUCCUCAGCCACCAGAGAACACACACAGGCGAGAAGCCCUACAAAUGCUCUAAGUGCGGUAAGAGCUUCACACGGAGCUCCACGCUCGUCCAGCACCAGAGAACGCACAUAGGGGACAAGAUCUAUACCUGCCCCUGCUGCAACAAGGUGGCCUGCUCUAGCCUGUUCUUCUGAGUUGGGCUGCGGGACCUGCUCCAGCUUGUCCUUCUGAGCCCAGGCACGGGACCGCUCCAGCCUGCCAUAGGAUUCCUCUUUUCCUGUUUGUGGUUGGAUCCUAAAGAGCUGGGACUGCCAAGGCACUUUGAGAUGCUUUUCCUGUAGGAACCCCAGUGAGCACAGCUCCUCAACAGGGGAAAGCUCACACUUUGUUCACUUUUUGUUUUAGUUCAGCGACUUUCCCGCUUGUGCACGCUGGGGGAAUGUAAUACUUCCCUUGCAUCUCCCUCCUGAUUUCAUAAUACUGUGCACUUCAAUGCAUUUAAGGAUCUCGGUGCUUCACACACACACUAAUGAAGUAGGCCUCCCACAGAUUUGAGAGAUAGGGACAUUUUAAAAAUAAAGAAAGGGAGGUGAAGUGACAUCAGUGAGUCACGGCAGAGCUGUCGUGCUCCCCAGCCAGAAUUCCUCACUUGUCCCAUAUUGCCGUCGUGCUCCCUGUGUGAGAGAGGAGAGAAGCGAGGGCACGGUCCCUUUUCGUGGGGUCUGCCAGCUCUGCCAAAAUACAUUCCUGGGGCUCUUUUGCUCAUGAACCUCCCAGCCUUGAAGUUCUGUGGGUGUGAUGAAUGUCAGUCCGUAUGACCUUCACACGGGCAAGAGUUUCUCUUCCUUGGUGAAAGAGCACUGUUACUCUGCCUUAGUGGGCUAUGGCCAGUGACUGUGGUGUGGAGGCCUCUAAGACCAGACCAAAGCAGAACAGCCUUCCAGAGUUAACAUACCUGGAGUUUGUUCCCUGUUUUGUUGGUAGUGGGGAGGAAACCUUUUCCUUUUUGUACGUUGUACCUCUUUAUAUGGUUGAUAAAGAAACCUGAUGACUAAGCUCAGGAGAGAUGCAGCUGUAUUCAGUUCUAUGAGAAUCUCUCUGUCUUGUUUGACCUAAUGUGUUUCUGAUAGGAAUUGUUUACUGUUUCUUUAAAGCCUAAUUGAAUUGUAUGGACCUGCAAUAUCAUAGAAAAGGCCUGGAAAAGUACCUGCUUCACUUCAGACCAAAGCUCUGCUGGAAUGAACUUCAGGCGAAAGCUCUGAUUCCAUUUAUAACAGUCUUUGUGGAGCAAGUAAAUCAAACUUUCCUCUGAAGUCAGCUGAUCUGCAACUUCUCCUUAAGUAUUGUCUUUGCUGCAGAGUUAGCUCUUACCGGGUGUUGCCCCUAAUCUCAUCUCCCACACAACCCUCUCAGCUAGCUGGCCUGGCUACAGCUGCAGGUUGGAGCGUGGGUACUACUUUCACUUGGACUGGUAACCCACCCAUUUGCAAUGAAGAUGCAGGCUAAAUCACUCAAGCGCUGAUAGUCUUCCAAUGCCUUCCCAUAAUUCCACUGUGUGCCCUGAAGGACUGACUAGUUCUCCCACAGUUCGCUAGGAACAAAUCAGAGGGGCUGAUCUUACUGCAGCACAAAAAACGGUGGGAUAUACUUCUAGAAGUCCUAGCAAUACAUGUGGGGGAGUGAAGCACCAGUAAGGACACUGUAACGUGGGUGUGGGUUUAUAGGGUGGUCACUCAUGCCCGGCUGCUAAUGACCCAAGCCAAGUCUGCAGUGAAGACAUACUCUAAGGAUUUAAACCAGUGGUUCUCAACCUUUCCAGGCUACUGUACCCCUGAAGCUCAGACCUGCUGCAUGGGGCUGAAGCCUGAACCCUGCUGCCCAGUGCUGAAGCAUCUAACUUAGGUUCACAUGGCCCCAGGCAACUGCCCUGCUUGCCAUCCCCUAAUGCCAGCUCUGCACUUGCAACCUCCUUAAACCAGUCCCACAACUCCCCUGGGGGUUGCAGCCCACACGUUGUGAAACACUGAUCUAGAUCAGUUGACGUAUCCCCUGGAAGAUCUCUGCAUACCCCCAGGGAUACACAUCUGGUUAAGAACCACUGUGUUAAACCAUCUACAUUUGAAAAUGCUCAGUCACCAGCUGGGAGACCGUUCUGAAUGCAAGAAAAGCUUCAGUCUGGACUCAACACUUCACUGCCACCAGGGAACCAUAAAUGGGCUUCAAACUGUCUCCCUCUUCCUGGCAAGAACUCCAGCAGUUUUCUGCACUCCCUGUACGAUGUUUAGCUACCAGCUUAGGACUGGCUUAAAAUUAUACUGUAUCUUCUACAAAAACAUCAACUUUGAGCGCGCUGCUAGAAAAUGAAAAUUAGGUGGUCUUGCCGUUAUCAGAAAAGCCUGGAUGGAAUUGAAAGAGUUGUUUGUACAGGAGCCAGUGUUAAAGUUCUGUACAAGUGGAAGGCCUAUGAAAAUCUUAAUAGGUGCCUCACAAUUUGAUUUUGCAGUAGUGGGAAGAAAGCUGACAGCUUACAGUUUAUGCAUUCAGCUCAGAGAUGCAGAAACGAGAUGCACAAAUACAAACAGCUGUUAGGGAUAUUGCUUAAGUGCUAAGAGAAAUUUUGACCGGAGAGCAGAGGCUGAAACAGACCCAAGUCUCUAAUACCAGAUUACCUGUUCUAUAAGAAUGCAAAGUCUGAUGAUAAAGCUACAGAUGUGAGAGAAAGCUGUGUCAUAGUAAUGAAGUGUUGCCAGCUGAUACCCUAUCUAUACUUGCUGCUUUAGAGAAAGAAGCUGAGGAAGCAAGAGUUGGAGAUGCUGUGAGAAGGGAUCACCAAGCUUACAAGUGAAAGGUCACAAAGAGGGAAAACGCUGAAUGAAACAAUUAUGAAAGGAUGGCCAAAGGUAAGGCACAGCCGUCAGCAAGAGACUAUGGAGGUUACAGAUAUAAAUGUACAGCAGCGAAUGGCAUGAUUGUUCAUAGACAUAAAACUAUUAUACUCCAGUGACUUUACCCGUGACUGCUACAGGGAGGCUAUUUGGGAAUCGUAUGUAAAAGAAAUAAACCCAGAGGCUUCUCAAAUGUGAACAGGCUGUUUGUUCUACUUGAGAUACAAUCUACAGCCCCAUGAUUCCCUGUCUGAUACUACAGAGACUAUCAAAUGGUCAGAGAUGGGCCAAACCAGGGUAUUCCAGUGCAGGGUUUUGAAGUUUUGCAGAGAUUCGAAUCUGGAUCUGAACUGCUUGACUCAGGCCAGCUAUACCAGUGGACAUCACAGACUCUCAUGUGGCAAAGAACAAGUGAAGUUUGUUCCUGAUCCUUGCUCUUUGCAUCCUGAAAUGUGGACAUCUGAAAGUAUCUUUGUAAGACAUGGAAUUCCAGAUAAAGACCCAGAUUUUUAAAGGAAGAAUAAGCGGCGUCGACGGGGGAGCCGCGGUAGCCGACUCGCCGCCGUGAGGAUGGCCAGAUCAAAUGGGCUAAACAAGAGCUUAGUACAGAUAGUGAAGAAGUGGAUCAAGAAGCUACCAAUCCUUUGGAUCAGCUCCAUACAUUAGUAGACGAUGGAGAGUCACCAACGCAGCUGUUGAGAAGAUGAAUGAAAAUUAACUUUCCCAGCAAGAAAAAAGCUAAACAAGACUCAAAAUGAAGAGAGAAUAAGAUUAAAGAGAACCAGAAAAUUAAACAAAGUUACUUUGAUUUUUAAGAAGAGCACACUCUUCCAUCAUAUCAGCUUUGGCAGCACCGUGCAUAUCCUUGUGCCUACACCACAAACUGGUGAUUUAGAGAGGCAUAGGAAAAGCAGAGAGAGCUCCAAAAUCGUAGCAAGUGUAUAAUGUGUUUGCCACUCUUUGAUUUAAUAAACAUAUCCUGAGAUCACAGAUACGACGUCUGGUGCAAAUGAACCAUUAGAACUUGUGGGAUAGAACAGAGAAAAACGGAGAGGUUAAUUAAUCUGAAGAAGAUAAUACAUUAAGAAGCUCUAAAACCACUACAGAAACUAAAUAAAAAUGUCAUAUUUCUUUACAGAAAUAAUUGUAUAAAGAGGUAAAUGCUUGCUGGAGAUUGAAUUGCGAGUUGCCUCUUCUGCUUGGAGAAGCAGAACGUAAGAAAUAGCUGUUUUCUGUGUAUGUGAUGUUGAAAUGUAUAUUGUAUACAUUGAGAGACAUUAAGGCAUUGUUUAAAAGAGGGACGAGAGAGUGAUAUAAAUACUAGAGUUAAUAGAUGACUCUUAGAAUGUUAACAGGCCUAUGAGAAUUUGAAGAUGGUCCCUAAGAAUUAUUGAUGGAGGGCAAAAUUCUGCCCUGAAUCCUACGCUAUCCAAUCCCCCUGAAGGCAGUGGGGGUUGUUAGGGCAGGACGUGCCAUGUUGUUUUGAAGAAAAUGAUAGACUUGAUGGUGCAGCUAUGAAUUCUAGCUGAACAAUAAACUAGUUAUUCUUCUCA